UUCAGCCGUCCGCUGUCGGCAUCUCAGCUGCUCGAGUCCGACGAGUUGUUUUUAGGCCGAACAACAAAAGCGCCGGUUAAGGCGUCUAUUAGUAUUUUUUUGUGUUUUUAUUCACACGCAUACAUCGCCUGUAUUUUGUCCCCUCGGUAUGUCUGCAGAGAUGCGGCGUAGCAGCACAAUUGCGGUCCCGAUCAAGAACAUCGAGAGGGAGCUGAUAUGCCCCAUCUGCAAGGAGCUCUUCACCCAUCCACUGAUCCUGCCCUGCCAGCACAGCGUCUGCCACAAGUGUGUCAGGGAGCUGCUGAUGCAGAACCAUGAGGACUCUUUUGAUGCUGGCUCAGAGUGUUCCUUACCAGGCAGCCCCAGGUCCAGGGUGCCCUCCCCUUCCAUGGAGAGACUAGAUAGACUAGUCAGAUCAGGUGGGUCUCGGGGCUCUAUCUCGUCCCCGGGGUGGCGCAGAGGGUCUGUGACUCCUCGGGUCACCACCAUCCCAUGCCCAGGCUGCCAUCAUGACAUUGACCUCGGUGAACGUGGCAUCAGCAUGUUGUUCCGCAACUUCACCCUGGAGAGCAUCGUUGAGCGCUACCGCCAGGCUGCCCGCGCUGCCGUGGCAAUCAUGUGUAACAUCUGCAAGCCUCCACAGCAGCAGGAGGCUACGAAGAGCUGUAUGGACUGCAAGGCUAGCUAUUGUAACGAGUGCUUCAAGCUGCACCACCCCUGGGGCACGCCCAAAGCUCAGCACGAGUAUGUUGGUCCCACAACGAACUUUAGGCCGAAGGUGCUCAUGUGUCCCGAACACGAGAUGGAGAAGGUGAACAUGUACUGUGAGGUCUGCAGACGACCUGUGUGUCACCUCUGCAAGCUGGGAGGAUCCCACGCUAACCACAAAGUCACCUCCAUGAGCAGUGCCUACAAGAUCCUCAAGGAGAAGCUUGCCAAGAGUAUCCAUUACCUCAUCAGCAAAGAGGACCAGGUCAGGACUCAGAUUACUGAGCUCGAGCUGCUCAUCAGUCAGACCGAGGAAAAUGGCCAGGUCGCAGAGCGUCGAGCCAACGAGCACUUUGAGCGUCUCUUUGAGACUCUGCAGGAGAGGAAAUCAGAGAUGCUGCGUUCCAUCGAACAGUCUCGUAACAGACGCCUGGACCACCUCAGGGCCCAGGUGGAGGAGUACCAAGGCAUGCUGGAGAACAGUGGUCUAGUGGGCUACGCUCAGGAGGUGCUGAAAGAGACGGACCAGUCCUGCUUUGUACAGACGGCAAAGCAGCUGCAUGUCAGGAUCCAAAAGGCCACAGAGUCUCUGAGGACCUUCCACCCUGCAGCUGACCCCUGCUUUGAUGAGUUUGUGCUGGACACGUCCAGAGAGGAGACUCUUUUGAAAGAGAUGUGUUUUGGCGGAGUUCCGGACCCUCCUCUGAUUGACCUGUCCCAUAGCAGAGUCUACAAUGAGGCCUCAAUCUGCUGGAGGCUGUCGGAUGAUCACCUGCCAACAGAUCACCACGUGGUUGAGUACCGCAGACUCGGGGGUCCGCGCCAGUCCCCAUCCCAGGAGGAUGGUGAGGACAGUGGGGUCUGGAGGGCUACAGACAGGGUGUAUGGUCCCAGCACUGUUGUGUGUGACCUGGAGCCCGACAGCCUGUACUCCUUCAGGGUCCGAAGCUGCAGGAACUCCAUGUUCAGCCCCUACAGCCCUGAGGUCACCUUCCACACACCACCUGCACCUGCUUUUGGUUUCCUGUUCAGUGACAAGUGUGGCUUCAGUACGGAGCGGCUCAUUCUAAACAAGCGACGGGACACAGUGGAGAGCGUAGCAGGCAUGGGCUUCCUCCUUGCAGCAGAACGAGUGCAGACGGGCAGCUAUAUUGGACUAGACUACAUAAUUGGGGACACAGGAAUCUCUCAGGGAAGACACUAUUGGGCCUUCAAGGUGGAGCCGUACUCCUACAUGGUUAAAGUUGGAGUGGCCUCUGACUCAAAGCUCCUUGAAUGGUUUCACAAUCCCAGAGAUACCAGCAGCCCAAGGUACGACCAUGAUAGCGGCCAUGACAGCGGCAGCGAAGACACAUGCUAUGAGCUGUCCCAGCCCUUCACCCUCCUCACCCUGGGCAUGGGUAAACUCUUCAUCCCCAAGGCGUCUUCAUCCUCCUCUGUCUCCACAGCAAGCGCACCGUCUGCUGACCCUGGCAAUCGCAUGCUUCCCAUGCCACAGCGCUUGGGGGUAUGCCUAGAUUAUGAUGCAUGCCGGGUGUAUUUUUACGAUGCCGACACCAUGAGGUGCCUUUAUGAGAGGCAGGUCGAUUGUUCGGGAACAAUGUAUCCAGCCUUCGGCCUCAUGGGCAGCGGCAAGGUUCAACUGGAGGAGUUCAUCACUGCAAAGAGACUGACUUUCUGAGGAGGGAUGGAGUACGUUGAUGCAUUAAGACCUGAAUCUAUUUAAUCUUUGGCAUGUUCUGGAAAGAGCAGGUUUUACUGACAGGGUGAUGGAGUACAAUCCAAACUGGUUUUCCGAAGGUCAGAUGAGGCUGACGUGAUCAGGAGCUUUGGUCCUAAAUGUGAAGAUGGGAUCUCUGCCAGAGACUGGCAUAUUUCGACUUGGCAUGUAUAAUGUAUGAGCCACACAUAAGAUGAUGACACUGAAUAUCAGUGUCCUUAUACAGAGGUCUUGAGGGGUUGGUAUAAAUAUGAAAGGUCUUCUCUACAUACCAAAGUCUCUGUAUCUAUUAACUGUAUUGACUUGGUUUUAGUUGCCAGCUAUGAUCAGCUGUUCGUGUGGUGGAAUUGGCUGCGAAGUUAGUCUGCAGCCAUUUUAAAUCUUUGUUUCAACACAAAAACGCCUUUGAGCUUACACUUACACUUCCUCUUUUGCCAGGUUUAUGUUUAUAGAUUAUUUUGCGUGUAUUAAUUAUUGGGUGAUCUUUGUCUCUUUGGCUCUUUUCUAUAACUGUUUGUCUAAAUGUAGCAGCAUAGGUUUAGAUGUAUUCUUAGUGGACCUGAAAGAGCCUUGUAGCUACUUUAAAAGCUAGUGCCUUUGUGCCUUUUUUUUUUGUUUUGUUUUGUUUUUUGGAAAAUGGGUCACUUAGUUUGCUCUAGCAAGCAGAUAUUGGUGUCACUGCACAAGCAUUAUGAAAAUAUCAGCAUAAAUACUGUAUGUGGGUUUUUACUGUAGGCAUAGUUUGAUCACAGCCACUGGUGUUAAAGUUGUAACGGUUAAUGGUAAUCAUCAUGACUCGGUUUUACCUAUUUACUCUUGACUUUGUCACAGAAAACACUUCUUUUCCUUCUUGUCACAGUUGUGUUCAGCUGUUUUUGCACAAUAUUAUGAAUGAAGCCUCGCACAUGAUAACCUUUACAAUCAUCACAUUUAGAUCACUACCUAGUUAGCGUCUCACUGAUGUUUCACGAUGACUGUCACACUCUGUUCACCUUCACUAACAUAAACCUGAAUCCUGGAACAGUUACUUGGAUUUAAAAGCCUCUCACUGUUUGCACUCUCACACCUGUUGCACUGAAUGUGACUUUCAACAUCAUAAAACUAGUAGGUACCGCAAGUAGGUAACAUCACUUUGACAGCUACAAAGUCACUAAUAGCCAAAGCUUAUUGGUUCUGGUGCUGACCUAAGUUCAACAUGCAUCUUUAAACAGUUAAACAAAAAAAAAAAAACAAGCAAACAAAAAAAAAAACAAGCAAAUAAAAAAAAAACAUCACUGCAAUUCAGGUUGUUACUAAAAGUGCUAUCACAAAACACACUGUUAAGUACCUUUGCUGUCAAAACCACAGUUUCCUUCCAGUGCAGACACAUGAAGUGUAGCAUAUUAGCAUCUUGCUGGUGAGUUUGGCUAUGAGACACCUAAGUGGUUGAUUGGCUUUGAUUAAAGCAGCUCAGAUAUUUAAGUCAAAGAAAGCACACUAGACAGACUGUUCGCUGGGCAACCACACUUGGUUUUUGUAUAGAGGUAUGUUGUAUUAUGUGCCUGCACAUGGGUUUGUUUGUACAUUCAUGUAUGCUUUGAUUUCUGGAGGGUUAGGGUAAUUGGUGUUUGUGCGUGUUUUCUCAGGUUUCUGGCCCUGAUUGGGGCCCAAUGCUACCUACCUCUAUCUUGUCAGGCCUGGAAAACCUUAACUACUGUACCUUUCCUCACAGAAUCAAGUUUGGUUUGAUUUGCAGCUUUGUCCAUAACAGUGAGUUCAAUAUAUCCGCCUUCUCUUUAUGUCAAAUAAUAAGCUCAUCAUUCAAAAUGUUUGAUUUUAACUUCCAUGUAUAUAUUAAUCCAGAGUAUAUUAUUUUUAGUGAAAUAAAGUACAUCUUAAAUGUUCAUGUUAGUUGGUGUUUGCUUGUGAACUUGAAAGAGAUCUGUGUCUCUAUUGACGGAAGUUACUGUAAGCAGAUUAGACCCUGUUCAGCUGCCUUUGUCAUGGGAGUGUUUCGUUUUUCAAAUGGUACAAACAAGUUUUUCUUCCUCCUUUUUGUGGUGUUAGUUUGAUUAGUCAGUUUAAAUGUUCUGGUUAUAAAGUAUGGAACACAUCGUGGGGUUUUUUUUUGUGUUGGUUUGAAAACAAUAAAUUCAUGUUCUUAUAUUUGGCUGCACAGAAAAGUCUCAAAAUGAAAUACUGGGUUUCUGUCACAGCGUGCAUAUUUUGUCUCACGUGUUGCUGUCAGUUGUUUUAACAGACUUCAGUCCUCACACCUGAACCCCUGUAUUUUUUUUAAAAUAGACUGUUUCAACAUCUCUAAAACAUGUCUGUGCAGUUAUGAAUUGGCAGAGCAGGUUCACAGGUUUUAUUUCCAUCACAGAAUGUAUUCAUGAUAAUUACAGAACAAAUGGGUGAAUGUUCUUUUUUUUUUUCAUUUAUAAGGAUUUCUUCUAUUGGUUGGUUCCACUCUGGGUCAUGGCACAGUUAUAUGUGGUUAUACAGAAACCUGUUAAAAGACUUGUAAUCUCAAUUGCUUUUUCGAAAAUGAAUUUAGAACCAAAUAUUUUGCAGGCUGGCUGUCUAACUAAUCCCAAGCUAGCACUUUAACAAUCUGUAGCAUGUCAGCAAGUGUUUGGCUCUGCAGGUGUGUAUAAUAAAUGUGUGUGCAAUAUUAUUUAAUAGGCUGUAGAACAGAACAGUUAAGACUGACAUAAGCCUGUUAAGACAAUUUGCACUGUUAAUAGUUGAGAGUUUACCUUGUGAUUUCAAAUGGACUUUUCCUUGAUACAAAGUGAAUUCUAAACACUACAUAUGUAUUUUUUCCCAUCAGUAUGACUCAAAAUUUUCUGAACUCUAAAUUAGUGACAGUGCAUUUGUCCGUUUGUGUUUUCUCCAGAGGAUUUGGAUGUGAUGUGUAAAAGGUGGGUUUCUGUAUGUGUAGUAUGUAAAGAUGUGGAAAUACUGUUCUUUGCUCUGAUUCCUGGAAAUGCUACACUUUUUAAUUUGCUGU